AACAUCUUCUAGUCAAGCGGCGAGCCUGACUGCAACCGUACUCCUCCACCGUCGCUUUGUUAUUCUUUUCCCUCAUCACACAAAAAAAACCCAAAGCCGCACGCGUGAGCUACACGCGCUUCCACGAUCUCAUCCUCUUUCCGAUCAUCGCAUCGAUCACCUUCUCCAUCUCCGAUAACAAUUGUGUCCGCUUCUCCCAGCUAUAGGACUACAAUCCCAGGGUCUCACAAAAUCCUAAUUAGGGUUUGUCACUGAAAUCGAUACCAUCGUCGUCUCGUCGCUGCAGAUUUGACUCUCAAAUCGUAACAUGUGAGAUUUGCUGGUUACGAAACCACGAGCAAAGAUGGUUGAUAAGAGUACUAAUAAUAAGAAGAGGAAAGAGUUCAUCAGUGAAGAAGACAUCGCCACUCUUUUGCAGAGAUAUGAUACUGCGACGAUACUGAAGUUGCUACAAGAAAUGGCUUAUUAUGCUGAUACUAAGAUGGAUUGGAAUGAGUUAGUGAAGAAGACUAGUACUGGAAUUACUAAUGCUAGAGAAUAUCAGUUGCUAUGGCGGCAUCUUGCUUAUAGAGACUCUCUUCUCCCUGUGGAAGAUAAUGCUCAACUUCUGAAUGAUGAUAGUGAUAUGGAGUGUGAAUUGGAAGCUUCCCCUGCAGUCAGUGUUGAUGUAGUAACAGAAGCUGUUGCGCAUGUAAAAGUGAUGGCUGCUUCCUAUGUGCCAAGUGAGUCCGAUAUUCCAGAAGACUCAACUGUUGAGGCUCCCAUGACCAUUAACAUACCAUACGGCCUGUAUAGGGGUGCUCAGGAACCAUCAGACUCGUAUUGGUCAUCAAGAGGAAUGAAUAUCACCUUUCCCGUUUCUCUUCCGAAAGCAGCUGAGGGACAUAAUGGAAACGGUUUACCCAGUAGUAUGGCUCCUCGGAAGAGAAGAAAAAAAUGGUCAGCUGAGGAGGAUGAGGAGCUCAUUGCUGCUGUGAAGCGACAUGGUGAAGGCAGCUGGGCCCUUAUUGCUAAGGAAGAAUUUGAAGGAGAGCGAACACCCUCACAACUCUCACAGCGGUGGGGGGCUAUAAGGAGAAGGUGUGAUACUUCAAACACUUCUACCCAAACUGGCCUACAGCGAACAGAAGCACAAAUGGCAGCUAAUCGUGCAUUAUCUUUAGCGGUGGGAAAUCGGGUACCCUCAAAAAAACUUGCAGUAGGUACACCUCCAAUGCCUUCAUCUGGUACCACCACAGGAGCACAAGCCAAUGGUGCCAACAGUGGCAGUACAUUGCAAAGUCAACAAAAGUCUCAGCCACAAGUUCAAGCUUUGCCACGGGCAACUACACCAGCUCCAACAGUAAAAUCUCGAGUUCCUGCAAAGAAGACAACAACAAAUUCCACAUCGAGAGCAGCACUAGUGACAGCUAAUUCAGUAGCUGCAGCAGCCUGUAUGUCUGGCCUGGCAACUGCUGUAUCAGUGCCAAAGACUGAACCAGGAAAGAAUGCUGUUUCUGUGUUGGUGCCGAAGGUCGAACCCGUAAAAACCGCUUCCACAGCCUCUUUGCCUCGUUCUUCUGGUAUAUCAUCAGCACUGAAUGCUGAGCCUGUAAAAACCGCUUCGGCAGUCUCUGUGCCUCGUCCAUUAGGUAUCAUUUCUGGACCAAAGGCUGAGUCUGUAAAAACCGCCGCUUCUGCAGCCUCUUUACUUCGUCCCUCAGGUAUUAUAUCAGCACCAAAGGCUGAGCCUGUAAAAACCGCCACUUCUGCAGCAUCUCGUCCAUCAGGUAUUCAAUCAGCACCAAAGGCUGAGCCUGUAAAACCCGCUGCGUCUGCAGCCUCUUUGCCUCGUCCACCAGGUAGUAUAUCAGCACCAAUGGCUGAGCCUGUAAAAACCGCUCCUGCAGCCUCUGUGCCUCGUCCAUCAAAUAUUCUAUCAGCACCAAUGGCGGAGCCUGUCAAAACCGGUCCUGCAGCCUCUGUGCCUCGUCCAUCAAAUAUUCUAUCAGCACCAAAGGCUGACCCAGUAAAGAGUGUUUCAGCUACUGUCAGUAACACUAAAGCAUUUGGACCUUCGAAUUUAAGGCAUGCAGUUAAUGGAAGCCCAAACCACACAAUAUCUUCAUCACCCUCUAAUAAACCUUCACUUAUGACUCCUCUCUCCAAAGGAUCUACAAUCCAGAAUAAUUCAGUUCCUCCUAGUUUUGCAUCGUCAAGGUUGGUCGCUACGCAGAAAGUUCCUGCAGCUACUUUAAUGCCACAAAAGCCAAGUGUUGGAGCGGCACUUAAUGCAUUUUCCAAGCCGGUUGGUGUACAAAAAGAGCAAACUCAGGGAAACAGAGCAAGCCCGUUGGUUACAACAACUCUUCCGGCAAAUAAAACCUUCCCAACAAAUUCAGUGAUUAGCACAUCAAAAGUGGUCGCUACGAAAGUGGAGACUCCUCCUAGUCUUAUGCCUAAGAAAAACCAAGUAGUUGACAGUUGCAUCGAUAAGAGUUCGUUGGAUAAACCACCUGAAAAAGAAAGUAGUAGUACCACGGCGUCACCUCUAGUUGCAGCUACAGCUGAAUCAAAAUCCAAAGAUGAAGCAAGUAACAGGGAAAGUCAACAUGUUGCAACCGUCACAGGGACCAGGCAGAAGGAGUUGUAGUUCAUUUACUGCAUUGUUUUGGUGCUUUCAUUAAUGUUUUUUUUCUUAGGACUCAGACAAGAAUAUGAUGAUGUACAGUAGGACCUCCUAAAUAUAAGGUUCUUACUACUAAUUAGUAAUAUGGGUUUUAAUUUA